CCGCCACGCCAUCUUCUCCUUCCCGUUAAUUAAAACCAUCAAGCAUAAAACCCUCGCUCGCCUAGCGCGGCCACCUGUCCCCCCUCUCCCCUUCCCCUCUUCUCCCCUCUGCCGCGCCUGCGCGCGAAGCGAAGCCUCUCGCUUCGAUCCUUUGCUUCCCCGCGACUCUUGCCAUGGCGGCCGAUGGCUCCGAGCGCCACACGGCGCAGGUGGUGGGCGCUGAGGGGGAGAUGGACGGCCCCGCGCUGGAGCGGUUCGCGGCGGCGGCGGGGCUCGUGCAGCGCGGCCUCUCCUACGCCGUCGUCUCCAUCUUUGGGCCCCAGGGCAGCGGGAAAAGCACCCUACUCAACCAUCUCUUCGGGACAAGCUUCACCGAGAUGGAUGCCUUGAAAGGAAGGAAUCAGACCACCAAGGGGAUUUGGGUUGCCGAAGCUGUUGGCAUCGAGCCGUUCACUCUUGUGAUGGAUUUGGAGGGGACGGAUGGGAGGGAAAGAGGGGAGGAUGAUACAGCCUUUGAGAAGCAGAGUGCCCUUUUCGCUCUUGCAGUUUCUGAUAUUGUAAUGAUAAAUUUGUGGUGUCAUGACAUAGGCCGAGAACAUGCGGCUAACAGGCCUCUUUUGAAAACUAUAUUUGAGGUUUUGAUGCGUUUAUUCAGCCCUCGGAAAACGACGCUACUGCUUGUGAUCCGUGAUAAAACAAAGACUCCCGUAGAGUAUCUUGCCCAGGCUCUAAAGGAGGAUAUCCACAAGAUAUGGGAUUCUGUUCCCAAACCAGAAGUCUUCAAGAAAGCUGUGCUAAGCGAAUUCUUCAAUGUGGAGGUCACCGCUUUGUCAAGUUAUGAAGAGAACGAAGAACUAUUUAAGGAGCAGGUUGGGAAACUCAGGCACAAGUUUAUUCAUUCAAUCGAUCCCGGUGGUUUAGCAGCUGAUAGAAGAGGUGUCAUACCUGCUUCAGGUUUCUGUAUUAGCGCAAUGCAUAUCUGGAAAGUAAUACGAGAAAAUAAGGACCUUAACCUUCCCGCUCACAAGAUCAUGGUUGCUACUGUUCGUUGUGAAGACAUUGCGGAUGAAAAGCUUAGAUGUUUUAUGUUGGAUGAGGGUUGGUUGGAGCUGGAGGCAGCUGUAACAUCCGGUCCAGUACGAAGCUUUGGCAUGAAGCUUAGCGACAUUAUUGAUUUUUAUCUAUUAGACUAUGACAUGGAAACCAUGUACUUCGACGAAGGUGUGAGAACUGUCAAACGUCAACAGUUACAAUCUGAAAUUGUAAAUCACACGCACCCUGCUUUUGAGACAGUGAUAGAACACCUGCAUUGCACGGUCCUCAGUAAAUUCAAAAACGAUCUAGAACAAUUAUUGAGGAGUGGUGAGAGAUUUGCAGCAUCAGCUCGUCAUUGUGCCCAGUCUUCAUCAGUAGAGUUUGAGGCAGGAUGGAGAGAUGCAGUAGUUAAACAUGCAGACUGGGAUGCUACAAAUAGCAGGAACAAACUGCAGCAGAGUAUGGAAGUUCAUACAGCAUGUUUGAGGAUUGCAAAAUUGGAUGAACUAAAAGCUACUUAUAAGAAGAAGCUCUUGGAUGCACUUUCUGGACCUGUACAAUCAAUCCUGGAAACUGGCGAGCGAGACUCUUGGGCAUCUAUUAGGAGAUUAUAUAGGCGUGAGACCGAACAUAUUAUAUUGACAUUUUCAGAUUCCCUUUCUGAGUAUGAACUAGAUCAGACAACUUCUGUUGAAAUGGUCUUAGAAUUAAGGGAACAUGCAAAAUGUACAGUAGUAAAGAAAGCUCGAGAAGAAGCUGGAAACAUCCUUAUUCGUAUGAAAGGAAGGUUUUCAACUGUGUUGAGCCAUGAUAAAGAUUUGAUGCCAAGGACAUGGACGGCAAAUGAAGAUAUACAUGCAAUCACCCGAGAAGCACGCUUAGCGGCGUUAAGGCUUAUGUCGGUAAUGGCAGCUGUAAGGUUGGAUGAUAAACCAGAUAAAAUAGACCGGGCUCUGAUGGUUUCUCUUCUAGAUGGAGGACCACUUUGCUGGAAGAGGAGCAUCGAGUUCACUUCUGAUCCACUAGCUUCAACCACAUGGCAAGAGGUGUCACCACAGGAUACACUAAUCACACCAGUGCAGUGUAAAUCCAUCUGGAGGCAAUUCAAAGCUGAGACGGAGUAUCCUGUUGCACAAGCAAUUUUGAUGCAGGAAGCACACAGACGUAGUAAUAAUUCAUUACCACCUGCGUGGACCAUUCUUGUUCUUGCAAUACUUGGAUUCAACGAAUUUAUGUUUCUUCUUAGGAACCCUGUAUAUAUUCUGGGGCUCUUUCUCGCUUUUGUUCUAUCCUAUGCUGUAUGGUUGCAAUACGACAUUAGGGCUUAUUUCCGUCACGGCACUGUGUCUGGACUUAUCACUGUUUCGUCAAGUCUCCUCCCCACUAUCAUGGAUAUCGUAACGGCGAUCAUCAACAUGAGCCACAGGAAGAAGCACUCCUUGCACCGGUCUCGCCGAGCCCCGCCAUACCAUGCUCAAAGCUUGAGCAACCAGUCGCAGCAACACGCUGAAGUGCACUAUCAUGCUUCUCCAGACUCGCCGUCCUCGGUGGACUCAAGCAGUGGCGGUGACUCUUGAAACCGUCAGCACAAACGUCUCAUGGAAGGAGCACUUAAAUCUCGACGUGAUGUGCAGAUGAGUAGUACGUAUAUAUGGUAAGAUGCGGCGAGCACAAACGACUCAAGGAGCACUUCAAUCUGGAUGCGCGCUUUUCGAGGUCCAACUUUGACCAUAAAUUUAACUAACAAGACCAACUGCGGCGGGAGAAAAAAUUAUAUAAUUGAAAACUUCUUUUAAAUAUGAAUUCACUGAUAUAAUUUUUGCUCGCGCCGCAAUCGGUCUUGGUAGUUAAAUUUACGGUCAAAGUUGAAGCAUGUGGAUAGAGGAAGCACUACAUUGUGGAAUGAAGGGAGUAGUACAUAUCGUAGUAGUAUAUAUUAGAUCCAUGUAUUCUUUUUAAUUGCGAAGUUGCUUAAAUAUAUACCGAAAUAUGUGAAUAUGGGAAAGAUCUAGUA